AUGCCCUUGGACUCAGACACGUUGGAUCGGGUGAAGCAGCUCUUCGUGGUCACCAUGCCGCAGGAGCUGGGCAAGGGCCGAGAUGCGCAGAAGUAUGGCCGAAGCUACCAGAACCUUGAAGUCACCUGCGCGUGGCGCCUGGAGUACCCAAGCCAGUGGCUGAAGUAUGCUGCCGAGCGGAAUUCGGUCAACAUGAACAUGCAGCAGUUACGCCGCCAGGCGAUUCCUCUCCAAACCUGGACGAGCAAGCUGGAGGAAGCUUCCAAGAACAUGCCGGGGACGCUGCAUGCAGAGGUCGGGGAGCGGUUCCUGCUUCACGGCACGAACCCUGCGCGGAUCCUGGACAUCCUCCACCAAAGCUUCAGCGACAAGCUGGCGAGCCUCAACGGGAUGUUCGGUGCUGGAAGCUACGUCGCCGAAGACCCAGAGAAGAUUGACCAGUACACCACGCCGGAUCCAGGAUUCGAGGUGCCCGGAUUGGAGGAGCUCCACUCGCGUCUCUACCGGGCAGGCGGAAAUGCGCACCCAGGAGAAGACACCUUCUACUGCUUCCUGGUCCGUGCGGUCUGCGGUGCCUGCCAGGUGGUGGAAGGCCUUGACAAAGAUCGGCUCAGGGACGCAGAUUCUGGGACAGAAGUGUUUCUGACACCAGAUCGCCGCGUGCUGAGCCACAUUCCACACGCCUCGCCAUCCCUCUCCUACCAUACCUUGGUGGUGAACGUCGCGAAGCACAAGGUUCCCGCUGGUGUUUACAGAUUCCGUGAGGUUGUCCUCUUCGACGGCAACCGCAUCUACCCAGAGUAUCUCUUGGCCUAUCGCAGGAUCUAA